UGACUGAGACUCGUGGGAUCCUGGAGAGCAUACAAAGAUUUUCUUUACUGCCAACUUACUUGCCUGUGAGCUAUCGUAUCCACAAUGCGGAUAUUUCCUUCUUUCUCAAGGAGGCCAACCAGGAUAUUAUGAGGAAUUCCAGCUUGCAGUCCCGAGUGGAAUCCUUUCUGAUCUACAAAUCUAAGAGGCCACCUGUGUUAAAUGCCACCUAUGGACCUUUUUCCACUGAACAAGUAGUGCCCCAGGACUUAAUGUUGUCUUCAAAUCCCUUUGCAUCUACUAACAAGUUCUCCUUCAACUGGAAACUGAAGGCCUACAUAAUGAGUGACAAGAUUUACCCGAGCAAGCCCAAAGUGCAGAUCCUCUUCUACAUCGUGGGCCGGGACUGGGAUGACUACAGCACCACGGAGCGGCUGCCCUGCCUGCGGGUCUUUGCCUUCCGAGAGACGCGGGAAGUCCGGGGCAGCUGCAGGCUCAAAGGAGACCUGGGCUUGUGCGUGGCCGAGCUGGAGCUGCUGCCCAGCUGGUUUAGUCCCCCCACGGUUGUUGCUGGCCGUAAGAAGCCGACGGAUCAGUCGGAAGGGAGCCCUGUGGAGCUGUACUAUGCAAUCCAGCCAGGCGAUGAGAGAGGGGAAUGCUUGAAGGAGGAUGUAAGAAAAAGCAAUGGCAUUCGACCAGGGCACAAUGACAUUGAUGAGUCAGCACCUCCCUUGCAAAGAAUUGGAAGUGUUUUCCUUUACCAGACACAUGCUGGCCCUUCCUUAUAUGAAAUGAGGUUGGAUAAUAACAUUGCCAUCAAAUACACACCAAAGACUGUCAAACAAGGUGACAUUUUGACUUUCAUUGUAUCUAUUGCUAAAAAUUCAACAGAAGAUCAGUUCACAUUGAG